CUCGGCGCUCUCCUGAGUGGCCCGACACGACCCCGAGUGGCCCGUGGGACGUCCAAUAUAUCCAGCCGCGUCCCUGGUCCUACUUGACUGGGAUUCGGGUGAAUGUGAACAAUUUACUUGGCGGGUCCGCAACAAACCUGAAAUUUGGUGUCUCGCUUGAGCAAGGGACUGUGCUGGGACUCGGGAGAAGGAGGCGCGGCUGGGCUGUUGACGCCGCGUGAGUAGGAUGCAGAUCACACCGCUCGAGUGCUAGACAACCUCCGGAGCUUUGCCUUAGUUUUGCUUUCCUGCAUUGCGAGCUUUGUGUCUUUUUGAGAAAAGUAAAGGUAGUGAAAGCUCCAAACAAAUUGCAUCCAAAUGGCCACAGAAAUCGACUUUCUGCGAGAUCAAAACCUCGUAUGCCAGUUAUAAUUGGUGGGUGACCAGAUUAGUUGAUCAGCUAAACACCAGCUCAGACCAAAGACUAAAUGAAACCCUUAGGCGGUAUCAAAUGGAAAAUUUUUUCAAAUAUUCAACAGUACAGAAAGGUGUCUUCAAAGGAGAUGGAGAUGACACAUUAGAAAACUCGGCAGCUGACCAAAGCUUUUUAGUUCCUCUUAUAACUGAGUAUGAUAAGCAUUUGGAAGAACUAAAUGGUCAGCUGAAAUAUUAUCAGAAACAGAUGGGUGAGAUGAAACUACAAUUUGAAAAUGUCACCAAGGAAAAUGAAAGGUUGCACAAUGAAUUAAAAGAUGCUGUUGUUGCAAAGCAAUUGGAGGCCCUUCCCUUUGGCACAGAGAUGGGAAAUGAGAUAUAUACAGAUGACGAAACAGUCAGGAAUCUUCAAGAACAACUAAAACUGGCCAGUCAGGAAAAAGCUCAGGCUGUAGAACUCUGGCAGACUGUUUCUCAGGAGUUGUACAAGCUACGGAAACUUUACCAAGAACAUAUGACUGAGGCCCAGAUUCAUGUUCUUGAAAGUCAAAAGCAAAAGGAUCAGCUGACAAGUUUUCAGCAGCUGACCAAGCAUCUUCAUGUUACUAAUGAGAACGUAGAAUUGACUAAUCAACAUUUUCUGAAAACAGUAACUGAACAAAGUGCGGAAAUUGAGCAACUCCGAAAACAACUUAGGCAAGCCAAGUUAGAUCUGAGAGUUGCAGCAGCAAAAGUGGAAGAAUUAACUAAAGUGACUGAAGACCUUCAAGGACAGAUGCAGAAGAAGGAGGAGGAUAUGGUUUCUGCGCAAGGAAGAGAAGAAGCAUCAGAUAGGCGCUUACAGCAGUUACAAUCUAGUAUAAAACAAUUAGAAGCAAGAUUAUCUGUGGCAGUUCAAGAAGCCACCCAAAUAAGAGCAGAACGAACACAUCUGGAGGAACAGACCAGAGCGUUACAAGCAAAGUGCAGUGAAUUAGAAGAUGAGAAAUAUGAAGCUAUUGUAAGAGCCAGAAAUAGCAUGCAACUCCUAGAAGAAGCUAACCUUCAAAAAAAUCAGGCUCUGCUUGAGGAGAAGCAAAAACAAGAAGCUAUAGAGGAAAUGAAAAAAACGGUUUCUCAGAUUGUGAAAGAUGCUUCCCUAAGAACCAGGACAGCGAUUAUAAACACAAGAAAACAAUAUAAUAUACAGAUUUCUCAACUAACAGAAGAACUUUCAGCCCUUCAAAUGGAGUGUGCUGAAAAACAAGAUCAAAUCGAACGAGCCAUCAGGGAGAAAAAAGCAGUGGAAGAAGAACUAGAAAAGAUUUACCGUGAAGGCAGAAUAAAUGAAAAUGAUUACAGAAAACUAGAAGAAAUGCACCAAAGAUGCCUGCUUGCCGAGCGUUCAAAAGAUGAUCUUCAGCUGAGACUUAAGACAGCAGAAAAUAAAAUCAAACAACUUGAAAUAAAUUCCUCGGAAGAGAUAUCACGUUGCCAAGAAAUGAUUCAGAAACUUCAAAAUAUAUUGGAGUCUGAGAGAGAGAGCUGUGGAUUUGUCAGUGAACAAAGGUUGAAACUUCAGCAGGAAAAUGAACAGUUACAGAAACAGACUGAAGAUUUGAGAAAGAUUGCUCUCGAGGUUCAAAAAAAAGCCAAAUUAAAGAUCAGUACAAUGGAGCAUGAAUUUUCAAUAAAGGAACAUGCGUUUGAAGUUCAAUUAAGAGAAAUGGAAGACAGUAAUCGAAAUUCCACUGUUGAACUGAGGCAUCUCUUAGCUACUACACAGAAAGCAGCCAAUAGGUGGAAAGAAGAAACGAAGAAACUCACUGAAAGUGCAGAAAUUAGAAUCAAUAAUCUAAAGAGUGAGCUGAGUCGACAGAAACUUCAUACCCAAGAGCUGCUUUCUCAGCUGGAAAUGGCAAAUGAAAAGGUAGUUGAGAAUGAAAAGUUAAUUCUAGAGCACCAGGAAAAAUCCAACAGACUUCAGAGGCGGCUGAGUGAAGCGGAACAGAGAGCUGCUUCGGCCUCCCAGCAGCUCAGUGCAAUGACAGUGCAGAGAAGAAGAGCAGCCUCCAUGAUGAAUCUGGAAAAUAUUUAAAAUUAUGCAGCGUUCACUCACAGAACCCUAGAAUUGGGGAAGCGGUUGACCAGAAGUGUAUUAAAAUGGUAAAACCUGCAUAGAGGGUCAUUUUGCACACGCAUUUUCCAUUCUGUCUGGAGGGUUCUUGGAAAACAGAAGAGUGACAGCUUCCUGUAAGUAAAAGAUAAUCCGAUAUUGAGCUUCGGUGGAGAAUAAAGCCCACUGGGAAGAACGCACUGCCUUCAUCAACGUGUCUAUUUUUUAAUUCCUCCUUUUUCCCUUGGAAAAGAAUCAUAAUUUUCAAACUAUGCUAAUCAUGAGAGAGAGUUUUUUUAAAAAUGCAAGAAUUUUAGUAUUUCAGGCUUCAGGAUUUGAGAAUUUCACAUCUGUUACUCAUAACUCAUUUUUAAAGUUCCCAAGUCUCCAUUUUAUUAUGAACUCACAUGUAAUAAAUCAUGUACUUCCUAAAA